UCGACAAACUCUUUCUCUGGGGGGACCUGACCUCAAAAUGGAUCAUCGGAAUUCCAAAACGGCGCCGUCGGAGGCGGUCAUCGAGCACCGAGCCUACGCCAGGGUCGGUCUGCUCGGCAACCCCAGCGACGUUUACUACGGCCGCACCAUCUCCUUCAGCCUCGGCAACUUCUGGGCCUCCGUCAAAUUACACCCCUCCGAUGACCUCGUCAUCCAGCCCCACCCCACCCACGACCUCGUCGUCUUCUCAUCUCUCCCCCACCUGGUGAAUCGGCUGGAGAACGAGGGCUAUUACGGCGGUGUUCGGUUGCUGAUGGCAAUUUGCAAAGUUUUUUUUGACUACUGCAAGGAGAAGGGGAUCCAUCUCGACUCUAGAAAUUUCACUCUCUCGUAUGAUACCAAUAUCCCUCGUCAGACCGGGCUUUCGGGUUCUAGUGCUAUUGUGUGUGCGGCGCUUAGCUGCCUGCUUGACUUCUACAAGGUGAGGCAUUUGAUCAAAGUGGAGGCCAGGCCCGGCAUUGUGCUCGGCGCGGAGAAACAGCUGGGAAUUGUUGCUGGUCUUCAGGAUCGGGUUGCGCAGGUUUAUGGAGGACUUGUUAACAUGGAAUUUGACAAGGAACAUAUGGAUAGUUUGGGGCAUGGCAUUUACACGCCGAUGGAUGUUAGUUUGCUCCCGCCUCUACAUCUCAUAUAUGCCGAGAAUCCAAGCGAUUCUGGAAAGGUACACAGUACCGUUCGCCAAAGGUGGCUUAAUGGCGACGAGCUUAUAAUAUCAUCUAUGAAAGAAGUUGCAGAUAUUGCGAAAGAAGGAAGGACAGCCUUACUUGAGAAGGACUACACUAAACUAGUAGCUCUUAUGAAUUCAAAUUUUGAUCUGAGAAGACGCAUGUUUGGAGACGAUGCACUUGGUGCUUUAAACAUAGAGAUGGUAGAGGUUGCCAGAAGGGUGGGUGCAGCCUCGAAGUUCACAGGUAGUGGAGGAGCUGUGGUUGUAUUUUGUCCUGAUGGUCCUUCUCAAGUGAAGCUAUUAGAGGUCGCGUGUGUAAGUGCUGGUUUCAAACUUGAACCAAUUAAAGUUAUUCCCUCUCUUCUAACUGAGGUUGAUCUUCAAACCCUGUCAAAAUAAGCAUUUGAAUUCUUUCCAAUUUAGUUACUAUGCAUACAUUAAAAUUUUACACCCUUCCCCUCAAUCUCUUGUCCCAUUGAAUGUAUUGGCUAAGUACAACCUUCAGUUUGUUGAUGUGUGUUGUUAAUAAAAGAGAGAGAUUUCAAUUUGGUUUA